GUAUUAGGAAUAAUGAAUCAGAAAAUGAGUGUAAUGACUCAUGACACUAAUUUGGUUGGAACUGCGCUACUCACUCAGUUAAUCUUUGACGUUGUGUGCCGUACAAAGUGAUGACGGGUAAGGCUAUGAACUUGAGCCAUUCCAAAACGGUGGUUUUGAUCUGGCUCAUCUCCGCUUUCUGCUUCUUCACCUUGUUCCAAAUGGCCCUCUACAACUCAUCACAAACUCCUUCAUCAACUUCUUUAGAUUCUCCAAAUUCAAACACGGGGCAAAGAUCAAAGUUGUAUGACAAGAUGGGGAGAGAUCUGGAUGAGCAUGGAGCUGCUUUCCUGAAACAUGGUGAAACCUCUCAGUCAUUGUCUCUUUCGGAUAUAUUCACACUGAAGGAUGGAUCUGUAACUCCUGUUCUGAAGCCGGCAAAUCCUCCGGUGCGGGCUAAUGUAUUGUAUUUGAGCACUGAAUUCUCUGUACCUAUCGCGGAGGCUGUCAAAAAUGUUUUUAAUCCUUAUUUUGAUAAAGCAAUCUGGUUUCAGAACUCUAGUCUGUACCAUUUUAGCAUGUUCCAUGCCUCCCACCAUAUUGUACCUGUACCUGCCACCAAAGAAGAGAUAGAAGCUGAAGCAUCUUCUGUGGAAGCUGUUGUCGCAACACUCUGCCCUUUGAAAAUUGUUUUGGAUAGGGUUGUUUUGACUUCAACAGGGGUGCUCCUGGGUUGCUGGCAGGUUACCUCGGGAACAGAUCCCAUAACCAUUCGUGCUAAGUUGAAGAAUGCACUUCCACAUGCACCGGAGAAGCAACUUUAUGAUGCUGCAAUUCUCCACACGUCAUUUGCAAGGCUUUUGGGUCCACCUAAAGCAUUAUCACCUUCGGAACAGCUUAGAAUGUCAGAUGAUGUCCAAUUUUUCCAUGACCUAGUUGAUCGACUUAACAGUCAGAUUCAUGGAUUCAAGGCGGUGGUGUCAGAGCUCUGGUACGUGGAGGAAUAUGAUGUGCUAGCCCUUGCGCUAAAUGGAAGAAUGAACACUCGCAAAUUCAGACUUGGGUGUUCAAAAGAAUGAAGUUGUCUUGCACGUGUAUUUCAUGUGUAUUAAAUUUAGUGACCACAAGAAUAUGCACUAAUGUGUAAAAGAACCAUUAGUAUACAGAAAACUACGUGUUUUUUUGUUUCUUUUACUGCAUUGAAACUUAAAAGUCAGUCCAAAAUGAUAUAUAGGUGGAUAUACUAAUGUGUAUGAUCAUAGAUUCAUAGAAUAAUAUCUUAUACGGUUAAUGGACUUCAAUUUUUUUUUU